AGUCAUAGUGACAUAAGACAUUUGACAUGUGUGUCACUGUGUAGUGUGUACGAUCGGUUCAAUAAAUUCUAACUAAAAUUGUAUUAAAAUGAAAUAAUACAUUUAGCUAUGACUACUCAGUACAAGAAAUUUAUAAAACUCAUUGCUAAAUGGCCUUUAGACGCAUCGAAAGGAGACAGAGACCUUGGCAAAGUCAUCCGAGACAAAGUAAAGCUUGCUUUUGAGACCUCAGAGAAGCAGAACUUGGACUCUGAAUUCUGCAAAUCUCAGUACAAUUCCCUCAACAAGUUAGCAGAUAAUUAUUACAAAAACAAAUAUAAAAGAACAAAACAGAGCUCUGCAACUGGCCUUAAUAGCGAGGAGUGCAACCUGAUAUUAUCCAACGAAGUAUUAAAGUUCCUGAAAGAAGAAAACAAAGGUUACUUCAGGAGAAUAUUUAAUAGGGCAGUAGAAUAUAAAGACCAUACACCUGUUAUGUUGAAUGAAUCCAUAAAAUACCUUAAUCCUAAAGACAAAGAGUUGUAUAUUGAUAUGACCUUUGGUGCUGGUGGACACUCCAGAAAGAUUCUGGAGACUGCUGAUUGUAACCUUAUUACUUUAGAUCGUGACCCGACAGCUUACGAACGAGCAAAAAGGCUAUCAGAAGAGUAUCCAAACAGAGUUACACCACUACUGGGUAGGUUUAGUGAAUUACCAAAACUUUUAAAAGAAAAUAAUAUAAGGCAGUCAUCUAUAGAUGGCAUAUUAUUUGAUUUUGGCUGUUCGUCAAUGCAAUUAGAUACGGGAGAAAGAGGGUUCUCAAUAAGCAAAAACGGUUAUCUUGAUAUGAGAAUGGAUGCAGGAAGAGAUCCUUAUCAAAUCACAGCAAGAGAGGUCCUGGCGACGGCAGACGAACAUGAGCUUUACAAGAUAUUCAAGAUAUAUGGAGAAGAGAAAAAAGCGGCCAAAAUAGCACAAACUAUCAUCCAAGCUAGAUACAUGAUUAAAAAUAUAGACACAACGCAGGAACUAGUAGAUUUAGUGAACUCCUGUUGUCCAGAUGAAAUAAGGUUAGACAAAUUACAAAGGCCUCAGUCUAAUGCUACAAAAGUAUUCCAAGCUCUACGGAUCUUCGUUAAUAACGAAUUGAACGAAAUCAAUUAUGGUAUGCUGUUAUCUAGAUACUAUUUAAAAAUUAAUGGUAGAUUAGUUACUAUUAGCUUCCAUUCUUUAGAAGAUACCAUUAUAAAGAGGCAUAUUGCUGGUAACAUUAUUAAUGAAGUUGCAAAUCCAGUGCCUUUAAAGUAUCUAAGUCCGAUGUUGGUUCAAGACCAAGACACGAUAAAUGAAUUCCUGGACACUCCGUGGAAGGCUCUCAAUAAACAUGUGGAUGUACCCACUGAUGAGGAAGUAGACACUAAUCCAAGAAGCAGAAGCGCUAGGCUGAGAGCUGCCAUUAAAAUUAAAUGAUUGAUGAAUAUUUUAGAGCAAAAACAGACUGUUUUAAGCCUGGGCUCUGAACAACUAAGAAAUUAUAGUACACAUUUUGUGUGUCAAUGUCAUAUGAAGUUUCAUAUGUAUAAGGGUAUUACAUAGUUUAAGAUUUAUUUGCCAUAUUUAAUAAUAGUAACAAAAUCCUACAGUUUAAAUGGACAUUUAAACAGAUGAAAAAACAUUUAUUUUUUACUCAAGUAGAGUGUAAGUUGAAGCAUCUUUACAGUUAGUAGUUGGAUCAUAAAUACAAAAAAAAAAUAUAAACAUAGCUUUUACAUUGUUGGAUUAUUAAUUCUUCUGUGGUUUCCUAUAAAUAUACUUAUGCUGUCUGUUACAUAUUCAAUGACCAAAGAAAUUCUAAUUUUUACUAUUUACCUCAUUGCACACAAAAAUGUGAACUGUUGAUUUUUAUUUUGUUUGUAGAUAGAAGUUUGUUAAUUAUAAAAAAUACAUAAAU